CUGGGAGGUUGGCUGGGAGGGGGCUGCUUUUGCUGCCGGUCAGCUGUUCAUGUGCUUCUGCUUCUGCUCGCAGGUGAACUUGAGCGCUGCUGCCCUCCCGCUGCAGCGAUGUGGUUCCUGGAGAAGAUGAAAGCCUCGCCUGGAAGCAGCCCUCUGAGUCCCUCCUUCCUGGGGCUCCCGCCAGGUGCCACGGCGCCAGAGAGAGCCCGGGGAGGGGCAGCUGCUUUCCCCAACGUUUUAACCCCAGACCGGAUCCCUGCGUUCUGCAUCCCACCCAGACUGACGGUUUCCUCUCCGCCCGACGGCUGCCUGGCAGAGCCCAGGCUGCCUUCCUCGGGCACGGCCAAGUGCGGCCCCAGCCUGAUCUUGCCACAUCUCAUCCAGAUAGAAAGUGCAGAGGAGAUACCGGCCCUAGAGGAGGACUGCUCCAACUCCGACCCCCAGUCCCAGGCUGCGCUGUCCCUGCCCCAUUUCCCCAAAGCCCAGACCUCCUACGGCUUCUGCACCUUGCUGGAGAGUCCCCACACCCGGAGGAAGGAGUCCAUCUUCCACAGUGACCCCUGCAGCAGCUCUCCCUCCAGCUUGGUACUGCCUAGAGCCAGAGCCAAUACCUGCCCUGGCAGAAGGGCGGCUUCCAGCCCCAUUGCCAUUGGGCCUGCUGGCAGGGCCUCUAAGCCCCUGCACAGGCCAGGUGCUGGGGACAGUGACGCUACCUCAUCCACCGACUCGUCUCCUUUCAGCUCCCCGCUUCUGAGUCGCUCUCCCCCCAGAUCCUGCCCGCUGCUCAAAGCUCGGAGCCCAGAGGGGCUGCUUGGCAGGGCCCUGAGAGCAAGGAACAAAUCCAGCAUGGUGCGGAACCACUCCUUGUCGACGGACGAGAGCAGCUCCAGCGAUAACAGCCCCAAUGCCACCCGCAGGUCUUCAGAGGGGCUAGUUGAGUCCUUCCGCACCCGGAGCUUUAACCUGUCACAUUCUGCUAUCUUCCCACUGGACCUUACCUGUGGCCGAGAGAGGCUAGUUGGGGAAAGCACUGUGCUACUGGAUAGAGGAGGGUUGUUGAGACUGUCAGCAGAGUACUGUUCAGAAAACAGAAGGCUGAGACUCCGUCUCAUCAGUGCAGAGCGUUUAUAUGAUGCUUCUGUGGAGCCUAAAAGUAUCAACUGCUGUAUCACCUUCUCCCUUGUGCCAGGGAAAAUUCAGAAGCAGAAAAGCACCGUUAUAAAAAGAAGCAGAAACCCCAUCUUUAAUGAGGAUUUCUUCUUCGAUGGUAUUACAGAGGAUGAUCUGUACAGCUUUUCGGUGAGGAUGAAAGCAAUAAAUAAAGGGUGUAACUUGAAAAGAGACUCUGUGCUAGGUGAAAGUGAACUGAGUUUAGCAAAUAUUUUAUCAAUCUAAAAUGCCAGGCAAGCAAGCAGAUAUUUAUUUUUUUGUA